AUGGAUGCAACAGAUAUAAACGUUGAGAAUGAAUAUGGUCAGACAACUGGAGAGGUGAGACAUCAGGUCAACACAAGAGAUGGACAAUCACUCACUUGCUUCUUCAGAAAGGCUGAGAAUGCACACUCCAACAACCUUCCAUUCGUAAUUACAUAUCAUGAUGUUGGAAUCAAUCACAUUACAUGUUUCAAUCCAUUCUUUGAACAUCCUAAAAUGAAGACCGCUCUGCCCUUCAUGAACAUCAUUCACAUCGAGGCCCCUGGACACCAAUACAAGGCAGAGACCAUUCCAGAAGAUGAUUAUCCAACAUUCACUCAGUUGGCCAAAGAUAUACUCUAUGUCCUUGAAUACUUUAAAGUCAAGAACUUCAUUGGCUUUGGAGUAGGAGUUGGCGGAGCAGUUCUGACCCAAUUCGCCAUUCUCCAACCAAAGUAUGUGGUCGGAUUGAUCCUGGUUGGAUCGGAACUGAAGGGAUUCGGUUGGAUGGAGACUAUGAAACAUUGGGUCGGCUGGAAGACCAUGCCAUCGACAAAGAAUCCACAGAGUGUCUUCAACUACCUACUCGAUCACUAUCAUUCAGACAACCCAAACAUCAUGGAGACCAUCAAGGUAGAAGUCUCCAAUAUCAACAUGGAGAACAUGUGUCAUUAUAUAGAUUCAUACCUCAAGAGAGAGGAUAUUAAGAUGUCCGAUAUACGUGCACUAAGAGCCAAGGUUCUAGUGAUCGUUGGAAAGGACGCAACAGAUGCCGAGGAUAUUGUUGAGUUAUUCUCUCAUUUCAAUCCAUCAAGCGCUACACUGCUACAGGUUCCAGACUGUGGCCUUUUGGUCACUGCUGAGAAUCCAACAUUCAUGAUCGAGCCAUUCAAGUUGUACAUGCAGGGCUGUGGCUACAUGUUGGAUUACUAUCUCAGUGUUGGAGAUGAUGACCCUCAAGAAUAA